AACUGAGAAAGCGAGGCCCCAACGCGUAAAACAAGUCAAGCGGCCCUGAAUCCAACCUCCCCCCUCCACCUCUCGUUGCGUUCCUUCCCUCACCGCUCCGGCGGCCCGAUCGCCGCCGCCGCCAUGGGCUCCGACCGCGCGGAGCUAGCGAGACUCAGCAGCGGCCGCAACUGGUCCAAGGCCAUCCGCCUCCUCGACGCCAUCCUCGCGCGAUCCCCCUCCUCCAUCCACGACCUCUGCAACAGGGCCUUCUGCUACUCCAAGCUCGAGCUCCACAAGCACGUCGUCAAGGACUGCGACCGCGCGCUGCAGCUCGACCCCGCACUGCUCCAGGCAUACGUCCUCAAAGGCAAGGCACUGUCUGCAUUAGGGAAAAAAGAGGAUGCUUUGGUUGUUUGGAAGCAAGGAUAUGAAAUUGCUGUCCGUGACACGAUGGACCUGAAACAGUUGCUUGAGUUGGAAGAAUUAGUUUCUUCUGUUAAAAUUUUUGAGUCAACUGAGUCUUCAGACCAUGUCAUGGAUGCAUCGCCGUGUGAUACCAAAGUUGUUAUCUCAGAAGAUCGUGUUGUUGACACGUCGUUCACUGCAGCUACAACGGCUGAUACGAAAACUGUUGUCUGUGAAGAGGCCAUUGGUAAUUCCAAAGUUUGUUCAAAUGGUGAUACAAAGCUGAUGAAUAAUAAUAAUAAUAAGGUGGACAAUAAUAAAGGUUUGAGCAGUCCAGUCAAAGACACCACAGGGGCUCAAGCUCCCAAGAAAGCUCCAAAGCUAUAUAAGAAAAACAAAGGAAAAGCUACAAAAGAUAUAAAUGGCCGAGCUGAAGGUGGGGCGGAGAGAAGAAGUUCUGGUGAAAGUGAAACCAUAGCACUAGAUCAAACACUAUUUGCUACAAAAAUAUCAAAGUCAUCAAAAUCAAUAAGCUUGGAUUUCCGGCUUUCCAGAGGCAUUGCACAGGUAAACGAAGGAAGCUAUGACCAAGCAAUAUCCAUUUUUGAUCAGAUAUUGCGAGAAACUCCAACAUAUCCUGAGGCACUGAUUGGAAGGGGCACAGCUUAUGCGUUUCAAAGAGAAUUGGAUUCUGCUAUUUCUGACUUCACCCAGGCUAUACAAUCUAACCCAUCAGCUGGGGAGGCAUGGAAGCGACGGGGACAAGCCCGCGCUGCUUUAGGAGAGUUCAAUGAGGCCAUUGAGGACUUGACUAAAGCAUUGGAAUUUGAACCAAAUUCUCCUGAUAUUUUACACGAAAGAGGAAUUGUGAACUUCAAAUUCAAGGACUACAACUCUGCACUCGAAGAUCUCUCAACAUGUGUGAAGCGUGACAAGAAGAAUAGCUCUGCACACACUUAUUUAGGUCUUACUCUUUCUGCACUUGGAGAGUACAAACAUGCUGAAGAUGAGCAUCUCAUUGGUAUAAAGUAUGACGAGAGUUUCCUUGAUUGUUGGGCUCACCUUGCUCAGCUUUAUCUUGAUUUGGCUUAUCCAGAGAAGUUGUUGAAUUGCCUUGAGAAAGCUAUUCAAAUUGAUUCGAGGUUUGCAAAAGCAUACCAUCUACGUGGAAUUCUCUACCAUGGAAUGGGUCGACAUAGGAGCGCUAUUAAAGAAUUAUCAGUUGCUUUGACAUAUGAGGGUUCAAGCAUAGAGUGCUUAUACUUGCGCGCCUCGUGCCAUCAUGCAAUUGGAGAAUAUAAAGCAGCGAUAAAAGAUUAUGAUGAUGUACUCGAUUUGGAACUUGAUUCCAUGGAUAAAUUUGUGUUGCAAUGUUUAGCCUUCUAUCAGAAGGAAAUGGCUUUGUAUAUCGCUUCAAAGGCUAAUUUAGAGUUCUCUCAGUUCAACAUUGACGAUGAUGUUGACCCACUAUUCAAGGAAUACUGGUGCAAACGACUUCAUCCCAAAAAUGUGGCUGAGAAGGUUUAUCGCCAACCACCAUUGCGGAUCUCUUUGAGAAGUGGGCGCCUUAGCAAGCAAGACUUCAAAUUCACAAAACAUCAAACAACUCUUCUUCUAGCUGCAGAUUCAAUCGGGAAGAAGAUUCAAUACAAUUGUCGUGGCUUCUUACCAAAUCAACGUCAGUACCGCAUGGCCGGGUUGGCCGCUAUUGAGAUUGCUCAGAAAGUCUCCAAGGCUUGGCGCUUUCUAAGGAAUCCAAAGAACAUUGCAAAGUUAGUUAGAAGGGAUAAGCUUAACAUGAGCCAGAACAGGGGAGGUUAUUGUAGCACCAGCACUUUGUCUGGAUCUCCACCGUCCAGUCCAAAUGAAGACAGGGUCUCCUCUGGGAUAUCUCUGUCCUGGCAGGAUGUCUAUAACAUUGCUGUUAAGUGGAGACAGAUUUCUGAACCUUGUGAUCCAGUUGUUUGGGUCAAUAAGCUAAGUGAAGAGUUCAAUUCUGGAUUUGGUUCUCAUACCCCAAUGCUUCUUGGUCAAGCAAAAGUUGUUCGCUACUAUCCGUAUUACCAAAGAGUUUUGGAAGCUGCGAAGACCAUAAUGCUUGACUUGAAGUAUGUCAAUAAUGCAGAGGACCGUGCAAUCUUUCUUACGGAUAUUGAAAAGUUGAAAAAGAUAGAAGUUGCAUCAUCAUGCUCAGAUUUGUACCAUAUAGUUGGCGAGACCUAUUGGGUCGCUACAAGAUGUGACAGCAUGGCGCUUCAGGGGAGGCGUCUUGAAGGGACAAGAAUUACCACUCAAAAUAUGGGCAAGACAGGAUUUGACUUUGCAAUACGAACACCUUGUACACCAUCUAGAUGGGAGGAGUAUGACGAAGAAAUGACUGCAGCCUGGGAGGCCAUUUGUGAAGCAUAUUGUAAUGACACAAACCCCACACGUGACCCUGGUACGCUCGAUGCUGUGAAGGACGCGAUACUGCGAAUGACAUAUUACUGGUACAAUUUCAUGCCUCUUUCAAGAGGCUCAGCUGUUGUUGGUUACGUGGUGUUGCUCGGUUUAUUUCUGGCUGCAAACAUGGAUGUUACUGCCAGCAUUCCACCAGAUGUCCAAGUUGAUUGGGAGGCGAUUCUGACUCCGGAUCCUGACGCAUUUGUUGACGCCGUCAAGCCCUGGCUGUACCCAUCCAUAAAAAUAAGCAGGAGCUUGAAAGAUUACACUGAUGUCAGCUGCGCGUUCAGUACAACAGGAUCAGUUGUAGCAGCCCUAACUUCUGUUGACCCAUAGGUUGAGAAUGAUUCGAGCACAUCUUAUAGGUUGGUUCGGUGGUUAGCUUGUUUGUUUCACCAUACCCCAGCUUUGCCUGUAUUGUCUUGCAGUUUGCUUCAAUUUGUGUGCUUCAGAGUUGUAUACAAGUGUGCUGUAAUGUUGUAACUUAAACGAUAAGCUUGCUGUAAUGUUGUAACUUAAACGAUAAGCUUAUUCAUUUCAUUAGAACAAGGUCUUUGUAAUAAGCACCAAUAAUGCAUGUAACGUUUGCACAAAGAAA